AAAAUCUAAAGGGUUUCUUGUCCACUUGAACCGUUAACAGAGAAAAAGUUUCUUGUUACAGAAAAUCAAGUAAUUGUCAAUAAUGCCUGAUAUAAUUGUAACAUGUGGCUAUCAACCAGUCCAUAAUGACAACUUUUUUACACCUUCGAGAUGGAAAAAAGGAAUUUUACUCGCAAAGGCUAAGCAUAUAGCUGCAAUCAAAGAAAUAAAAAAUGAUGGAGGAAGUACAGUUACAGCUACUUGCCUACCCCAAAUGAAAAUUAAUGAGAAACCAUAUUAUAUUUGUAUUAAGGUAUUUUUUACAUUUAAAUAAUUUUAUAUGUCAGCAUAACAUCUCUGCAAUGAACAAACAGGAUGAUUUGCAUGACAACAAAACAACAUUGUAUAUCACUGCUUUUAUUAAGCUAUAUACUGUUGAAUUUUUCUUUAAUAAAAAUAUUUCAUAUCAUGCUUUAUGAAUUAUUUUUAAUACAAAUUAAUUUUCAGUUAUCAGCAGAUAGAAAAAUAAUUACAGCAACGUGUAAGUGCAAGGCAGGUAUCCACGGUCAGUGCAAACAUGUAGCAGCUACGAUUUUUGCUUUAAAUAAUUAUAAAGACGAAAGCGUUACCAGUGGAAAACAACAAUGGGGAAUUCCACAACAUAAGAAGAUAUACACAUCAGGUGGAUGUCGCCUUAGUAAUUGUGUAACUCCAAAAAAAAUAAAAAUACCAACAUCGUUAUCAUCAAAUGAACCAUUUUCGUUAUAUCAAAAAGUAAAACACAUUAAUUGUGCUCUUUCUUCAAUGUUAAGAGUUGAAUUUGAUGAAGGAACACAGUGUCAAGUGCUACUAUCUGAUUUAAUCGACACAGUUCAUGAACAAUGUGAGGAAUUAGAUUUAAAAUCUUUAAUUACACAAUUAUUUGAAAGUAAACGUAUAGAUUGUUAUAAAAUUGUUGAAAACCUUCCUACAAAAAUAAAACUAAAGAAACUUAAUUCAUUUACAAAUGUUAACAUUUCACAAAAAUUGUUAAAAUUUUAUAACGAUAAUGUGAUUGUCAAACUUCAAAAAAUUAUUCAAAUAGCAUUUCUCACGAGAAAACAAAGCACAUGUCCAGACUGGUUCAUUUACAAACGAUACAGAUUAAGCAGCUCUAUGGCUCAUUCUGUAAAAACAAGAAAAAACAAUUUUGAAAAGUUGGCUUUUAGAUUUUUAAAUAAUACAUUUAAAGGAACAAUUGCAACUGAUUACGGAAUUAAAAUGGAGCAAAUUGCAAAAAAUUCGUUUUCGCUUAAAAAAAAUAUUAGAAUAAUUGAUGCAGGAGUUAUCAUUUGUAAUGAAGCUCCCUGGAUUUGUGCAAGCCCUGAUGGUAUAUGUAAAAAAGGAAAUAAAAUAAAUGUGCAGAAGUCAAAUCAAACAUUAUUAUCCAGUCUUGGCUUUGCCAUAGCAGAAAGUGUGGCCACCAAGAUCUCCAAAUCUGAUCCUCUUCGAUUUCUUUCUUUGGGGUUACAUGAAAGAUAUACUUUAUUCAAUUUCAUUCAGAAGAUCUUAGGAUCUUCAGGAGCACAUCAUCAUCAUAGCCAUUGCUACUAUAAGACAGAAAAGAGAACAUCUUCAGCACAACAUCAAGGAGGAAAUGAAAACAUGUUGGAUGUUGAAAAUGGUCUUAUUCCUAUUUCCAAAAGCAAUGAUCCAGACUAUCACGAAGAAAUGGAUGAGGAUGAAUUUCUGAAAUGGUUUAAGAAUCAAGUUAUUCCCAACAUUCCAGAAAAAUCACAUAUUUUUACAGACAAUUCUCCAUAUCACAGUCAUCAACUGGAAAGACCUCCAUCCAGCAAUAGACAAAAACAAGAAAUGAAAUAUUAUGAUGAAUUACUGUCUUUCAUUUCCUAA